GGCCUGUACUACGAACGGAGUUCAACCUACUUAGAACUAACUCAGGGUUUCCGCGGUAACCCGGGGUUGACUAAACCUGGACAUCUUGAUUGGUCUUAAACGGUACUACGACGCUGAUUAUGAAGUUGAUCAGCUGAACCUGUGUUCACUCAACCAGAGUUACUGCGCGUUCACAUAAAAGGGGUGGUACCAGCGCAAAAAAACACUCUCGAUCAUGGCGGGCUCUCCCUAUUUCACAGAAGAGGAAUGCGAGAUCAUAAUGAGGAGUUAUGAAGAGUAUAAACCGACCCUGGCUGCUAAAUCCAACACCGCGGCAGCAAACAAGGCGCGACUGGGGUGUUGGCAGCAAAUUACAGACCGCGUAAAUUCAGGUACCAGCAGCGCCAAACGGACCUGGCAGCAGGUGAAGAUGAAGUACAAAAACAUCAUUCAGAAUGCCAACAAGAAGAAGGUAGAAAUAAGGCGCACAGGAGGAGGGAGGGCACCAGACUCCUUUACUCUUGCUGAAGAGUUGGCCCUAGCCAACAACAGUGGCAGGGUGAUGAUGGAUGGGGUGGCAGGGGUACAGUCUAACCCUGGGGCAGCUGAAAUGUCCACCCUCUAUGUGCAAGUCGAGGGUGGAAACAUCACAACCCUGCAGCCACCAGGAUGCAUUCAUCCUCUGACACAGGAUGAUGAUGAUGAUGAUGAUGAUGACGAGACCCUCACAGCCCCCUCCGACACACACAUGCAGGAGGACUUGGAGGAGCUUUCCCCUCCUGAAGCCUCCCUCCCAGGGACCUCACAGUCAGACAAAGCCACAGUGGACAAUGUCCGCAGUUUAUACAAGAAAGUGCUGGAGCUAGACCGCACAAAGAAGAGGCUGGAGAUCAGAAAGCUGGAAUUAGAAAUUGAAAAGCUGGAACAUGAGAAGAAGGUAUUGUCUUAUCACUCCAUUAAUAUAUAGGCUACCCACACCCUAUAUGUGUGUCAUUGAUCUGGCUUUUCGUCACCUUUUCUUCUUGCAGG